UUGUUUUUAUUUUUUAUUGCGUUAGUUUAAAGUGGUAUAGAGAUUAAAAAAUCAAUUUAUUCAUACAUUUUUGAUUUACUAAUUACUCUUCCUUAUCGAUUAGCUAAUUGCGAAAUGUGCGAGACAUAUGGUGUAGAACCGCUUGCUCUGAAUAUUAAACUAAUUCGAAAGUAUUUAAAAAUAAAGGUAUUGGAAGAUAAUGUACAAUUUCAAGACCACGAAAUAGAAAGAAAUCAUGUACAUGAUUUGAUCAAGAGGGUUGUUUCAAACGGAGAAUCACAUUCUGCUUUAGUCAUAGGACCUAGAGGUUGCGGGAAAACAACUUUAAUCAACUCUGUUCUUGGGCAAUUAGAGAGUGAAUUGGACUUAGAAAAUGACUGUCUUAUUAUUAAACUCAAUGGUCUUCUUCAUCAGGAUGAUAAGAUUGCCUUGAAGUCCAUAACAGCACAGAUGCAAUUAGAGAAUGCAGUUGGUGAUCGUGUAUUUGGCACUUUUGCGGAGAAUCUUAGCUUCUUGUUAAGCUGCCUGCAGAGUGGUGUUGACCGGAGUUGCAAGAGUAUGGUUUUUAUUUUAGAGGAGUUUGAUUUAUUCUGUCAUAGUGGAAGAACACAGACCUUAUUGUACAAUUUAUUUGAUAUCACUCACAACAAACAGGCACCUAUGUGUGUUUUAGGUAUAACAAAUCGUUUGGAUGUCAUGGAAAUGUUAGAAAAACGCGUCAAAUCUCGCUUCUCACAUCGGCACAUAUUCAUAUUUCCUAAUGACAAUAUAAAGCCUGUAGAUAACUUAAAAGUAAGAUUAAUUCAGUUACUAAGUGUACCAUUGAGUUUGAUAAGGAAACACGGAGGUACAAAAAAGAAAAGGGGAGGCAGACGAAAAUCUAUGGCAGUAACUGAAGAAGAAAUGGAAGUAGAAUUAAAUGAUGAUACAAUUCAAUAUUCAGUACCAGCUAAAGUGUUGGCAAGAUGUAGGGUAGACCCAAAACAGUUUCAAGAAUUUGAUGAAAAUUCUCUUGUUUAUUGGAGCUCUCAUAUCUUAAGUUUGGUCGAAAAUAAAGAUAUUGUCAAUGCUUUGGAAAAGUUAUGCUAUUUUACAGUUAAUGAGCAGAUAUUUAGGAAUAUCUUGUUUCAAGUUGUUUCACGUUUGAACGAAACAAGCCCACACAUAGACGUUGUGGGUUUUGUUACAAUCAUAGACAACACCGUAGGGCCAGAGCAUAGAGUAAAAGUGUUACAAUCUUUGUCCACCCUAGAGUUGUCUCUGGUCAUCGCCAUGAAACACGGCAUGGACAUAUUUGAUGGUCAACCGAUGAAUUUUGAAAUGGUAUUACAUAGGUACAAAAAAUUCGUUGAUAAAAAUUCAUCAACCCAAACAGUACCUAGGCCGGUGAUACUGAAAGCUUUUGAGCAUCUUCAAGAGUUAGAAGUUAUAAUGCCGGUGAGGAGUACUGACUCUAUCUACAGCAUGAAUGAAACCACCACCAGCGGGAUGCAGAAGGAAUACAAAUUGUACACCCUCGCUGUACCGGAACAUGAUCUUAAAGAAGCUGUCAAAACUUCAAAAUCAUUGCCAACUGAAAUUAGCUUUUGGUUUAAUAGUGAAAUUUUUUAAUUAAAAUAUUAUAAAAUAGUA